AUGUCGAGUGCGCACAAACCAAUGCUAUAUCCCAAGAUCACUCAGCAUGUAGCCCAAGUAGUUAAAGCUCUGAAGAAGCUGGAACGCGAAGGCGAGGCCCUAGACGAGUAUUACACGUCGAAUCCCAUCCCCCUCGUUGGGUACGUCAAACUGCACGGCACCCAUGCAGACAUUGUAGUCUACAACGACAACAGGAUCAUCCUGCAGUCGAGGAACGUAUCCAACAUCACUCCCACGAACGACAACUCGGGUUUCGCCGCCGCGAUGGCGGACAAGACAGAGGCUAUCCUCGACGUAAGAGACCAAUACAUCGAACGAUGGAAGGCUCUCAAUCCAAGCAUGGUCCUGGAGCCCCAGCAUCCCGUCAUCAUCGCAGGCCAGUGGAUAGGCACCGGCAUCCAGAAAGACGUGGCCGUGUCCCGCCUGUCGUGCCGCGGCAAGUGGGCGUUGGGGAAGACUGAGUAA